GAACCGACGAUGACUUCGCAUGCACCCCAUGCCGUCAUCUUGUGAGCCCGUGCCUGUGUCCGGGUCUCCUGGGCGGUCAACAGAAGUUUCACACGCCCCCCUACACCGCCGCUCGGGCACCGUGAAGACGGUCAGGCAAGCCGAAAUAGUGGAAGGCGCGGAGUGGGGAGUCGCAAGAUCCGAGCUACGCGCACACCGUUCCCACUCGCAAGUGUUUUGCAAAGGCGCGAUGGAGAAGCCCCUGCCAUUUCGGCUCCCCUUCGACUGUUGUUCUUCCCCACACUCCUAUGGCCCAAUCAGAGUUGCAGGCCCGCCUGGAAUCACGGCAAGCGAGCCUAGCGUCGGUCGGCUGCGCUGCCCCUGCUUCGACCUGAACAUCCAUCGUCCCGUUAGCUCUAUUCCUGGUCGAGACUGGUGGCAUUCUGAGGUUACAGCCGUGAGAUUUCGUGCGUUGUCUCACGGCCUCGGGAGAGUCUGGAGAAAGGCAUUGAUCAAUCAGCUUGGCCCCCAUCUGGCUCCUCCAUAUAGACACGGGAGUCAUUGGGGACCUGGAGGCCGGAAAUGUUGGAUUUCUGUAUCGGUUGCCUACUUUAACCUCCCACCUCCUCACUCGUUGCAGUCACAUUCCAAACGCAGUCAGAUGCAGUCGUGAUGGUGGUGUCGGCGAGGUGUGUGGUACCUGAUGUGGGCUGCGCGUAGCGGUGGCUUGCUCGGCCGAAUAGCCUCAUCAAGUGGGGCUUGCGACCCC